AUGUCGCGAACCACAGAGUCUAGUUCUGAGAAGCUACUAGCCCAUUUGCGCCGAUACGGUGAAAAGCACCGAGAAAAGUUCGUCGCGGUCGGCCUACCCGAAGGUCUGGUGCGGAUGUGUCCAUGCUUGUGCUCACGGCUCUGGCGGGAGCUGGAUACGCUGCCCUUGGUGCCGGAGUACAAAAGUCAUACCCGGCAGCCGGACGAGGCCGGGGACCUCUCGAUCUUUGCGAGCUGGAAGCGGAAGACGCCGGACGAGCAAGCGGAUUCUAUGGCAAGGAAAUGCUUGAGGGCGUUUGGAGUCGGACAUCUGAUCCACAAUCAGAUUUAUGCCAAUGGGAUGGUGGACGUCGAUAAGAGUUUCCGUAUACGCUUCGCGGAAGAGGACGACUAUCAGAGGACGGUCAGCGCUGAACUGUGGGAGAGGGCCAAAGGAUUCGCCGAGGAUCUCGUGGAGAGGAAGGUGAAGAUUGCCUUUUUCAGCAUGACGUGUCAGGGGAAACCCGACGUGCAUACCAGGCAUGCUUUGCUGCGUCUCAGUCAUAUUCUGGGGGUGGAUAUGAAGUGGUAUGUCCCGAAGCCGCGCCCGAAUACCCUCCAGGUGAUCCGCAAGAUGGAGGAUAUCAUGGAGGGUUUAGCCGGAACAGACGUGCACCUGGACAUGGAGGACCAGCUCCAAAUCCUGGAGUUCGCGUACGAGAACGCAAGUCGAUACUGGCUCCAGGAGAAUGGACCCUUGCGUGCGCGCCAGCAGGGAGGAGCUGAUGUGGUGAUCAUCGACAGUGCCCCGCUGCUGACACUGGCGCUUCUAGCUAAGCAGCAUGAUCAUGAUCGUCCUGUCAUCUUUGAGAACAGAUUGCACGCGCCACCGGACAUCUUGGAGCAUAUCACACGUCCGCAGGCACGGGCGUGGCAAUUCGUCCAGACCCGAUUACAGCACGUCGAUACCUUGAUUACACCUCUGCCACGCGCAUUCACCCCAUCUAUCAUGCCAGAGGAACGCGUCGGUCGUAUCUCUACAUCUACCGAUCAGCUCGACGGCUUGAACAAGCAUCUGACAGACGCCGACCUGACCUUCUACGGACAAGAGUUCAACUCCCUAUGCAGGACCUUUAGAACCCCAGUAAUCAAGUAUCCGAAUGAGCAAUAUAUCCUGAGCCUAAGCCAGCUGCGCCCCGGAGACGGAAGUCUUGUCCUGCUCGACGCCUACGACGAGUUCUGCACCAUUUGCACCCAGCAAAGCCCUGACUUGCCGCUUCCCAAGCUUCUCAUCUGCCACCACGGGCCAUCUCGCAGCCCUGAAAGCGAUCCCCUAUAUGAUCGUCUCCACACCCACAUCGACACGACCCUGAAAAAGCAAUUCGCGGCCCAAGUGUGCGUAGUCCAGAUUGGCCCGCAGGACCAAAUGUGGAAUACCUUGCUCUCGAACGCCCGCGCGGUCGUUCAACUGUCGGUCUGCCAGGGCAUUCCCGAGGUCCUGCUCUGGGCUCUCCAGAAACAGCGGCCGGUGAUCACCACCACUGAAGGAGGGCGGCUUAUGGCUUUGGAGGAGGAGGAAAUAAGGAAGAAUCUGUUUGUGGUGGAUGGGUUGGACCUAGACACGAUCGUGCAGCAUCUGUAUCGUCUUUUCACCGACAAAGGAGUACAUGCGCAAGCAAACUUGAGCCGCGGGUUGCCUGAUUGCUUGACAACGGUGGGUAAUGCUGCUUGCUGGUUUUACCUCGCAUCCCAGGUGUCUCGGGGGCUGGACUAUCGUCCUAAUGGUGAGGAUAUUGCGCGGUUGGCACGGCUGGUAGAGUAG